AUGAGGCAGGUACUUCCAGCGUACGCGGUUUUGGAAAAUGUGGAUCUUCUAAAUUCCAGCAGAUGUCGGACGGAGCUUGAUGAAUUUCGUAAUGCUGUUGACAACCAGAUAUUUUGGGGUCUAAGAGCAUUGGACACCAGUGGCGUGCCAUCUGAGGGAUUUAUCAACGGAAACAAUUAUUGGUUAGGAGAUCGUCUAGUUUGCACCAACCUCUCUGUAAAUCGCACGCUGCUUAUCUCGGAGGAAAAACAAAAGAACGAUUCGAUAUACCAGAACCCGAACGAGGAGUAUCCACCCUUUGAGUUUCGUUUUUUUAUUGCACGCAUGCGGCACUAUAGCACUGUGCAAUAUCAUGUAGGAAUAGAAGACGAAGUAAGCACAUUCUUAUUUUACAGGUUGCAUCUCAAAUUUAUAUUUCCAAUGAUUCAAGCUGAUUUGAUCACGCUUGGACUUUGUUUACCAGCAUCCUGCAGUAAACGUGAUGUAGCCACGAUGGUGGAUAAAAUAUUGCACGACGAGACUCUUCUCAUCGGCAAACUUUUUGCUAUACACUUCAGGCUCAUCGAAGUCUCCGACUUGACGAAUGAUUAUCAAUGGCUUCUCUCUGCGAAGAUGAUCUCCAUCCUAGGAGUUUUGCUAUUGUUAUGUGUUAUCGUGGUAGCAGCCACAAUAUACGACGUCUUCGUCCAUCGAAAGCGUUCAAAGAACGAAAGGAUAUGCCUUACGGUCGCAAAUAACAUCAUGCACGAGGUGAAAAACGAAAUAGGAGAUAAAUGCGAAACCGUUGACGAAGAACCGGCAACCGAAAAGUCGAAGCAACAGAACGGUAUCGGCCAAUAUCUUCUGUGUUUUUCAUUCACCGCCAAUGUAAAGCAAAUAUUUAAACAGCAAAAGGGUGCAGAUGGUUUCCGUAUUUUCCACGGAAUGAAAAUAUUAGGAACCUUGAUACUUAUUCUGUACCACACAGCCACCUAUUCAGGUCAUGUUUUGGGUAACAAAGCGCGCAUUGCAUCAAAAGAUGAUUUAUUCGGGCAUGUCAUAACAAACCUCGUAUUUGUGGUGGAUACGUUUUUCUUCAUCAGUGGUUUUCUAUUGUCAUAUACAUUUCUGAACGGACAACGAAAACAAAAGGGAACCCCGCCUAUGGCAGGAAGGAUAAAUGAAUUUAUUCAAAAGAUUGUCAAACGAUAUAUAAGGCUUACACCUGUAUAUUUCGUCGUUAUACUAAUAGCGAUAUUGAAUUUUACCUGGCAUGAUCAUGUCUCCAUACUUCUUUCCACUGAGUAUCCAAAUGCUAAGUGUUCCAAAUAUUGGUGGACUAACAUACUUUACUUCAACAACUUCUACAGGUGGAAUGAGCUAUGUCUCACAUGGAGUUGGUACUUGCCCAAUGAUAUGCAGUUCUUCGUAUUUGGUAAUUUUCUCCUAAUAUUAUCGAUCACGCAUUACAAUAUCGCCAUGGGCAUAGGCAUUGUUACGCUACUCUCAUCGAUAGGAUCACUCGUUUACACGGGAUACACUCUUAAUUACCAGCCUACACUAGACGGACAAUAUAGAACGAUGUCAGAGAUUUAUAUACGACCAUGGUGUAGAAUACCGCCAUAUCUCAUAGGAAUGGCCACAUGCCACCUUCUUACAAAAUGGAAUUACAAAUUGCAUUUUUCAAAAAAAAGCUUAAUCGUUGGUUGGUCCUUGGCAAUUUUAUGUAAUUGUUCGAUUCUCUUCGGACUCGCGAACAAGAACAUAUCCCUAGGUCUCUCCGUUCUUUAUUUGGCCCUCAGUAGAACAUGCUGGGCAUUAGGUAUUGCCUGGCUUGUAGUUGCAUGCACUACGAAUAAUGGCGGUAUCGUGAACAAGAUCUUAUCGCUAGAUAUCUUCUCUCGUUUGAGUAAAUUAUCGUAUACUAUUUAUCUCAUACAUCCUGUUCUAGUAAUGUCGAUAUAUUCCGUACGUAAUUAUCCUUUACUCGCUGAUGAGAUCCUGUUUGGCGCUAUGUUUUCUAUGAUAGUUCUUAUUAGUUUCAUCAUCUCUAUUCCGUUAACCGCAGCAACAGAAAUACCGUUUAUGUCGCUCCUUCGACUGUACAAUCAUUCGCAGAAAAGAACGAAAUAA